ACGCGUCCUGCCACAGGUGCUGGCCUCGCCGCCUGGUCCGCGGGCACGGGGGCUCGCCCCGCCGCGCUGCCGGAGCCCCAGGCGGCCGCGCCGGCUUCCCAGGGGCUAUUUUUAAGCCGCCGCUUUCCCAGCCUCCCCCUGCCGGCCCUGGCUCCGUGCCCGCGGCGGGGGGGCGCCUCUCCCCUCCUUCAUAAAAGGGCCCGGCGGCGGAGGCCGGGCUCCGGGGGGUUAUUUUUGGGAGCGGCGAUGGCCUUGUUAGGGCAGCUCUGACCUUUGCGCCGCCGUAGCGGGAGCCCGGAGCGAGGGAAGGAGCCGCGGCGCGGGCGGAGCUCGGGACGGACCCGCCGCGUCCCUGGACGGGCCGGCGGCCUCCCCCAUGCGCCGCCCGGGGAGCGCGGGGCCGCCGGGACGGGCUGAGCGCGGGAUGCGGCCGGCGGCGGCGGCCACCUGAAGCCCGGGCACCAUGAGCGGCGGCCGCUUCGACUUCGACGACGGCGGCGCGUACUGCGGGGGCUGGGAGGGCGGCAAGGCGCACGGCCACGGCAUCUGCACGGGGCCCAAGGGGCAGGGCGAGUACUCGGGCUCGUGGAACUCGGGCUUCGAGGUGGUGGGCGUCUACACGUGGCCCAGCGGCAACACGUACGAGGGCUACUGGGCGCAGGGCAAGCGGCACGGCCUGGGCGUGGAGACCAAGGGGCGCUGGGUGUACCGCGGGGAGUGGACGCACGGCUUCAAGGGCCGCUACGGCUCGCGGCAGAGCGCGGCCAGCGGCGCCCGCUACGAGGGCACCUGGAACAACGGGCUGCAGGACGGCUACGGCACCGAGACCUACGCGGACGGCGGAACUUACCAAGGCCAGUUUACCAAUGGCAUGCGUCAUGGAUAUGGUGUCCGUCAGAGCGUGCCCUAUGGCAUGGCAUCCGUGGUCCGCUCUCCUCUCCGAACCUCCCUUUCUUCCCUCCGUAGUGAGCACAGCAAUGGCACGUUGCCCCAACAGGACUCCCCAGCAGCUAACCAGGAAAGCAUCCCCAUGUCCCCCACUAUCACUCGGGGAGGCUUUGCCCUCAGCCUAUAUUCAGAUGCUGAAGCUGGCAAGCCGAAGAAAGGGGGCCUCUUCAGACGGAGCUCUCUGCUGGGGAAGCUAAAGAAAUCUGAAUCCAAGACGUCUUUGGCCAGCCAGAAGAGCCGAAUCAGUUUCCUCAAGAGCGAGAGCGGCAUUAGCUCUGCCGCCAGUGAUGCUACCUCCACUGUCAGCUUGGGAGAGGGGGCGGAAGGCGAAGAGUUCCCACCCUUUGAGUCGGACAUUGAUGCUACCACCACGGAGACCUACAUGGGUGAAUGGAAGAAUGACAAGCGCUCAGGUUUUGGGGUGAGUGAGAGAUCGAGCGGCCUGAAAUAUGAGGGUGAGUGGCUGGACAAUCUGCGGCACGGCUACGGCUGCACCACAAUGCCCGAUGGCAAGAAGGAAGAAGGCAAGUACAGGUAUAAUGUCCUGAUCAAGGGUAUGAAGAAGCGAGUGAUACCUCUGAAGAGUGCCAAGAUCAGGCAGAAGGUGGACAGGAAUGUGGAGGGGGCCCAGAGGGCAGCGGCCAUCGCCAGACAGAAAUCUGAGAUCGCAGCUUCCAGAGUCCCACAGACAGCAGCACCCCAGCGGCUCGGAGGACAGACAGACUUCUGCAGGUGCAGACAGAAGAUGAAGUAGACCCACCCAGUUAUAUUUGCCAAGCAGAGUAAAGUGCAAAGAGGGAAAUGGCAGCAAUGAGGCUGUGUUACAAAUUCAUUCAGUUUUACCAAUUUAAAAGUGAAAAAUAAAAGGAGAGUUUUAUUUAGUUAUGGAGAUCCUUCAUUUUCACUGAGAGCUGGAUUUCCAUCACCCUAACUCAUGCUAAGCCAUAGGUUACUGUUUAGUUGUCACUCUGAUUUCAGCAUGCAUAGCCAUGGAAGAACUUAGCCAUGAAUGAGAACCAAAGGAUUUGACCCUUGAAUAUUUAAGAACAUGACACUCCCUCCUUUCCUACCUUACUGAUUUGCUCUGAGCCAUAAGUAAAACACUGUUCAGUGUGUGUCUCAGUUGCAGGUUUGAGCCCUAGAUUUUUAUUCACUCCUGACCCAGGCAUCUAGUCAGUCGGAGUCUGAAUAAGAGCUUUGGGAGGGGCAUGGUUCUUUCUUGCCUUUCCCCUUUUAGUUUAGAUUGACUUCUAAGGAGAUGACUUGGCCUGUUUGUCAGGCAAAGUCAGGAAAUAGCUGCAGGGCAAAAAUAUGGGAUGGGGCCUCCAUUGAAAAGCCAUCAGCUCUGGCUUCGUUUGGAAGAUCCCUGGGAAGCCAGGUGGAACCGAGGCUUCUGUGCGAAUGUUGAGCUUGAUUGUUUUUUUGCAGGGCUUGGUUGCCAUGGAGACUGUCAGAAAGAAAUAGGCAAGAUUUCAAAUGAGUGUCUUAUGAUAAAAAUAACAGAUCAGCUCUGCUGCCUGAGCUGGCAAGCGGCACCGGGCCACGCUCCUCUUGGCAGUGGGCGCUGGCCCUGACAUCAUCUGGAUGGGUCCAACACUCUCUCUACUCCUACUCAGCUUUGUAGUGCACUGGAAAAGACACUCAGAGUGCUACAAGGCCAUAAAUAAUGAUGUUCAAGCUGCAGAGCUGCCCCCCAAGAACCAGUCAGUUUAUAUAAGGCUUUUUUUAUUAUAUACUAUUUACACUUCAGAUCAAAAGGAGAUUCUGCGGUGUUUUCCAUCAGGGCUUGGAAUGUGCCUGCUGGUCUCGUGGGGGAUGGUGUCCCUUGCUAGCACAGCUUGGAAAUAAUUUCCUAUUAUGGAAAAUUUUGAGCCAGAGGAAAUAAGAUGCUACAGCCAUUUUUACUUAAUGAGUCCUCCCAUCUCAUGCAUCAGAUUAAUGUAGGUCUCAAGCCAAUGGAUAGAGGGCAUAACUUUCCCCAAGUGAUAGAUUGCUUCUGAUUGCAUUUUACCAGCUCUGCAGCUGGCAUGAAACAAUUCUUCCCCUUCCCUAACCUCAAACCUGCUGAGUUUUCCAUGCUGUCCUGGUCUGUUCAUCCCUGAGUCCCUACCUUGUAUUGUUUGCUAGAGAAGCCUUUGGUGACAAUAAAAGCUCUGCUCAGACAUUCGCUUCCUGAAUGCUCUAAAACAUUUCUGAUUACAAGCUGAUAUUGGGUCUGCUGCAAGGAGAGGAUGGGCUGACUGGCAUUAGGGUGAGAGAGCUAAGGAAAUGGAGGAGCAGAAUUGUAUCUCCUGCUCACUUUAAACUUUGUUCAUCUUUUCAAUGAACUUUUACCCUAAAUGAGUACUGUUUUGGAAGGGGCUAGCAUUUCUACUCGGGGAUUUUUUUUUAAGUCUGACUAACAUGUCUCUUCCUUUUCCUUUAAUGUCAGUGAUAUGGUGAAGAGCAAGUCGAAUGCUGUAAAUUUUGUCCGUAGAAAGUUCUGAUCCUGGUUCCACUAUGACUGACUUUCUGGCCUUGGCCAAGUCAUGUGACCUCUGCCUCAGUUUCCACAUCCAUAAGACAAGUUAAAUACCUAACAGAUGGUGAAAAAUAAUGGCAAAUUCUUAUACAGGUGCUGUAUUAUAAGUAGCAUUCUUGUAACUACAGAACAUUUCUUCUCUUUUAACACUUGCAAGUGGGCUUCUUUGCAUUCAUAUAACUAGAACUACCUAUCCUGGAUCUAUACAUGGCCCCCAAUACUGUAAUAUUGGAAUAGCUCUUAAUCUUUAAUACAGUUAUCGCUCUGAGGGAUAGGGCAGUGCCAUUGUCCACAUUUUACAGAGAGGCUAAGUGGCAUGCCCAAGGUCAUACAGGAAAGAUGUGGCAGAGCACAGAACUUAAGUUCAUGUCUCUAGAGUCCUCCCCUAGCUUUGGAACCAUUGCUUAGCAACUUGCCAGUGCCAAGACUUGAGCAGGAAGAGCCUUGUCUCAACUUCUUUUCCUUAAGUGUGCUACUCUAGUGACAUUAGUGAUGCUGCUCACAUGACUCUAUGGUUAAUGACCUAAACAGACCCAGCAGAGUUCAUCCCUCCUAGCCCAUCUCUGAAACCACUUUUAGAGUCUGAAUUUGUUCUUAAAGUUAAAAGACUUUCCAAUCCCUUUGUUUCCGAUGAGAGCUACCUGGAAUAUCUGUUUUUGGCAAUCCUCCCUACCUAACCAGUAGCCAUCCAUCACACCUUACCCAAGCUCCUCCAUCAAGCCACAGUGGUUGCUUUCCACCACCAGGCCUGGCAUGUCCUGAGACCGCUUUCUCCAUACUCCAGUGGAAUAGCCACACUGACAGCAAAGCUGAGGAAAAUUAACUCUGGAUUGAUUAUGACUUCAGGACAGAAGAGGAGUUAGCCUCCUGCAUGCAGAUUCAUCCUACUGUGCAGCAGGCAUGUUCCAAAGCAUCGAGUCUAGGGCAGGCCUUGGUAAAUGUGCCAGUAUGAAGAAUGCAGUGCUUUCCAAGGGGAAUACAUGGUGCUGCAAAUUAAAGGUUGAAAUGCAUGGGUUAGGGAGGAAGAGAUGCUGGAACUCAACAGAAAUGAGAAGGUGACUUCAAGGUGGUAAAAUGGCUUCUUUAAUGCGUUCUCUGGUAGUGACGCUACGGGAUCCAAAUAUAGAAGGAGUCGCAUUAUGUCAUGAUGAAAGCACACUGAAGUCAACAGAGCUGCCUUGCUUUACCCUCAGGCAACUUGUGACAGCAUAAAGCCCUGAUAUGAAAUGGUAAUGAGUGACCUAGACCCCAGGAGACAUCCUUGCAUCUAGGAGAAGGCCACUCGUCCUGCUCUCAGAGGAAGUAGCUCUUCUUUCUGUAAGAGUAGGAGGUCAUCAUUAUGAGCUGUGUAUUAGGGCCAGGCAGCCCAGUGUCUUUAGGAACUUGAGUAAAUCCAAGGAUCUUCACGUGUAGAUGUGAUCCUGGUUUUUCAUUGGCUUUCUACAACUCAAGGAGCCUUGUAAGGAAAUACAGUAAUAUUUGGUCUCCUCCCAGUGUUUCCAUUAUUCAGGAACUGAUCUAUCAAAAAACAACUGGAACUCUGCUGGUGGGCACCUUCUCAUCCAAACUGGCAGAAAUGAGAGUCCAUGCCUGAGACAUAGCACUAAGGGGACAGGAAUAUCUGCACAAUACUUGGACUCAAAGCCAACAUUUCAGGGUAGCCAAUAUAUUACAACUACUUCAGCUUGCAUAGGCCUACCAAGCAAGCAAGCUUUAAAAUAGUCACCUAGGGUACUACUGCUAGUAGCACUGCCACAGCAGCAUGGCUAACCAUCCCAGUAAAAUCCAGUUUCUUGCAUGGGCUUUGCUGGCUGCUCUGAUCUCUGUGCUGCCCUGGCUGUGCCACUACCAAUAUCCAAGGGUGCUAGUUUAGCGCUACCUCAGGUGUGUCCACACAAGCUGGGUCAUAUUUUGACAGCAGGGGAGACUUUUACUCAAUGACCCUUAUAAAAGGUGAUCUCUAGGCUUCUUGGCUGGGGUUAGAAACCUUGCUGUAAAUUCCUGAUGGAUCAGCUAAAGACUUGUAGUGUCUGUGCAGCAGGCGCUCCAAGUACGCAAAGCUGACGUGGCGGGUGCUGAAGACUGGGACUCUGCAGCCCUGAGAAGCUCUUGCUGUUUCUGGUCAUCAAAAUGAACCCCGAGCUGCUGAGAGCUGAGCCUUAGGGAGGCGGGUGUCUGUGCAGUUACCUCAUGGCGUGUGUGCUAGAAUGCAGGGUAUGCGCCAGCUUGUCGUGCAGAGGGUAAGCGAUCCCUUCAAAAACAGGCAGCAGUGAUGGGAUGAGAUGAGGUGCAGACUUGGCUGCUUUUUAAGGGCCCAAGUCUGGGUCUCGAUAAGAAAGGAGUGAUUUGGCCUGUUUCUUUUUCCAGAGACCUAAGACCCUUCAGGUCAUUAGCUAUGUAGUUCUUGCUACAAAAACGACUUUCCUUCUUAGCUUGCCAAUGCUUUUAAAAGGACAAAUUCAGCUCUGCAGAGGCUGCAGCCCCUUCUCUCUCUACGUGUUCUGCUCAGCUCUCUGAGACUGCCACUAGACUAGAGGAUUUGCAUCCAACUGCACAUAUCCAAUAGGACUGAAAUCAGUGUUUUUUUAAAGAGCCCUUGGCAUGGGCCUUGUCAUGUGCCCACGGUGGCUUUGGCCCUGGCUUUUGACUGCCUUGAAAGUUGUAACUUUAUAGCAGCUGACCUCCAGAAUAUAUCAAAUGACAGAGAACAUUUGUUAUCAUCAGGAAAUCCAAAUAUGUGAUAGCAAGAAAAAAUCUCUGCCACAAAUUUACCUACAGCUGUCUAACACUGUAGCACCAGAUUUUUUACUGGAGGCAAACAUGAAUAAAGAUCAGUGCAGUACAGCUUUAAGUUUAGAUCAGACCGUAUCUAAAGUACUGCAGCCUGCACAUAUAUCUUUCUUGGGAUUUAUAAAACGGAGUUUAAAGUGCCUGGCAUUGUUUCUUUAGUACAUGAUAAAGUGGCUCUCAAGAAUGCCUUGAACUAAUAAGUGAAGGAAAGUCCAGGACAGUAUAUAAAUUAUAACUGAAGGGGGUGAAGGUUUGGUUUCAUGAAAACAUGGUGCGACCCUCUUUCUCAAGGUCUCACUUGUGCAGGACUCACCUCUUGCCAGUUACACGAUUUGCUUCAAGGUUUGGAAUUCUAAAUAUAAGUCUACCCGUGCUCCAUGUGUCUGUGCGGCUACUUAGCUCUCCCUUAAAAUAACAGAAGCACCCAUCUGCUGUGACUUGAAAUGCAGCUCUCAUAUCACUUCCCUGAACUCUUCUGCCCAAUCACAUUCUUGAGCAAUGUUACUUAUAUCUCCAUGUGCUCAGCAUUUCAAAUCUACAUUACAUAGGCAGGAAUGAGUGUCUCCUCGGGGGACAGUGGUGUAUGGUGCAAAUGACGUACUGAAAGCACUGGAGUCAGCAGAGAGUCCCUGACUAAAUAAGGGAAUGCAUAGCAACGGUUUAUCAGAGCUACGGGAGAAUGCAACAGCUGAGCGCCAAGGCUUGCAGCUCUUAUCCUGUAAAACUUGAGCCCACUCAGGUGGAUCUUAGCUCCGUGUUUCUACUAAUAACAUAGUGUAUCUAUCAAGACUUUCCCAAAGCACAUGCAAUAGCCACCAUUGCCUCUAUUCCAGGGCUUUACAGUAGUCAAUAGGUUAAUCAAGCAGCAAAAGGUAACUCUUACAGCCUCUCAGAGAGAAACACUUUUUAUAACAUUCAGAAUAUCUGUGGCAGAGAGUUAGGCCCAGCCUGCGGGACCUAGCCAUUCCCACAGCCCUGGAUUGUUCAUCUCUGGGGUUUCAGUUUGGUCUGUUGUGCAGGCAGGUGUUAGCUGCAAAGUUUGUGUCUGUAUCUGAAUCUUACCCUGGCUGGAGGUGUUUUGAGUUUGGAGUUUCAGUAUUGCCAAAUCCCAGUUCAGAAAUUAGGAAUUUGGCCUAAAGUAAUGAGAUUUGACCUUAAAAUCAUUAUUUUUUAAUAAACAUAAUCAUUGGGAAUUCAUUUUAUUUGCUUUCUGGGGCAGGACCUUUAAGGUUUAACCGAGACAUGUUUUCAAGCUUUUCUUCCACAGAACUAUGCAGGGUAGAAACUCCAAUGGUCUCACGUCUUCCUAUGACGCCAGAAUCUGGUUUCUCAAGACCAUGACAAAACAUUGCAAUACUGAUGUGCCGUUCAAAUCCAUCUCUCUAAGGGAAUUUUCUUCAGUUUCAGAGGAAGACAAGCCUAUAUGCAUUCAGCUAGUUUUGUGACUUUUAAUGCUUUCUAUUGCAAUAUUUGCUUCUGGGGCAGGAUCUCACAUCAUGAAUAUGUAAUAAAUAGAAAUGGACUCUGUGCAAAAGAGGUGAG